AUGUUUCCAACUAACAACCCUUCCACUUCUUCCAACAUAUCAUUACCAAAUUUAGAAAUCUCUCCUGAGAUGCCAGUUUUCAACGAGGAGGUGCGAUUAGCGGCGAGUACACCGAAGAAACGUGCAGGGAGGAAGAAGUUCAAGGAGACUCGCCACCCAGUGUUCAGAGGUGUGAGGAGGAGGAACUUAGAUAAGUGGGUUUGUGAAAUGAGAGAGCCCAACAAGAAGACUAAAAUUUGGUUAGGGACUUUUCCCACUGCCGAGAUGGCUGCCCGAGCCCAUGACGUCGCGGCAUUAGCACUGAGAGGUCGCAACGCCUGUCUCAACUUUGCAGACUCGGCGUGGCUACUUCCUGUUCCCGCCAGCACCCAGACAAAAGGUAUACAAAAGGCGGCUGCACUAGCUGCCGAGGCUUUCAGACCAGACAAGAUUUUCAGACCAGACAAGGCUUUAACUACCGAUGAUAUUGACACUUCUGUAACCACAUCCGCUGCCACAGAGGAGCAGCUUAUGUUUCGUAUGGAAGAAGAAGAAGAGAAGGAAGUGUUAAACAUUCCAGAGUCCUUGAGAAAUAUGGCGCUGCUGUCCCCUACACACAGCCUCGGCCAUGAGUUUGAGUAUCAAGAUAUUAAUACAGACUUUGAAGAUGUUGAGGUCUCACUAUGGAGUUUUUCUCUUUGA